CGCCACAAAGCCGGAAAUGCCAGGACUCAUUCAAACAGUGGUUGUUGCUGUUGCAGCAAUUUUCGUCGUUUUCUAUAGCGGCAACGCACCUGUCGUACUGAGGAAGCUAACAGAAUUUGUUCAUGGAAAGCCGGGAUGUGCCCCAGCCCCUGAUCUUGGCAAUGUCACAAUACAUUACUUUGAUAUAAGGGGCAGAGGUGAGGCAAUACGACUGAUGCUGGAGCAGGCAGAAAUCCCAUACACUGAAGUAAGCUUUAAUGGAGACACAUGGCCAGCACAAAAACAGAAAGGCAUGGCCUCUGGACUUUACACAUUUGGACAAGUGCCUGCUAUAGAGACUGCCUCAGGGUCUCGUUUGGUACAAAGUAUUCCGAUCGUGAGAUAUAUAGGACGUGCCACUGGCAUAUCAUGUGACUGUGAUGAAAUGGCUCAAUGUGAGGUCAUUGCCCAUGGAGCUGAGGAUGUGAGAGCUAAAUAUGGUAAGAUGGUGUACAACCCAGACUUCACUCUGGCUGACAGAGAAGAAUACCUGACAGUUACACUCCCACUGUGGCUGGGAUACUUUGAGAAACUGGCUCCUACAUCCCAACAGGGGAAAGAUAUUUUCUUUGCCAGCAGUAGACUGACUUGGGUGGACUUCCUAGUGUUUGAUCUUCUUGAUGUAAAUGUAGAGUUUGGAAAGUUCAACGUGGGAGCCAAUGUAGCACCUGUUGAUCCUUUAAAGGACUUCCCAAAGCUUGCUAAAGACGCCCAUUUAAAUUAUCAUACAUGCCCAAAUAGUAUUGAAGAACAUCAAUAUAACCCAAUAGAACAAUGCCCCGUUCACAGAUAA